GUGAUUGCCGCCAGCGCAUGUCAGUCCCGGAGCCGGCGCGGGUGGCGGGGCGCGCGGCCGGGCUGGCAGCCGCAGGUGGGGCUGCUCACGGCGACGGACCUAGCCCGGGAGCCCCGGAGCCCCGGAGCCCCGCAGCCCCGCAGCCCCGCGGAGAGUGCCCAGGAUGCCCCGCGGGGACUCCGAGCAGGUGCGCUACUGCGCGCGCCUCUCCUACCUCUGGCUCAAGUUCUCGCUGGUCAUCUACUCCACGGUGUUCUGGCUGAUCGGAGCCUUGGUCCUGUCAGUGGGGAUCUACGCAGAGGUGGAACGACAGAAAUAUAAGACCCUUGAAAGCGCCUUUCUGGCCCCGGCCAUCAUCCUUAUCCUUCUGGGGGUCAUCAUGUUCAUUGUCUCCUUCAUUGGCGUGCUGGCUUCCCUCCGUGACAACCUGUGCCUUCUCCAAGCGUUUAUGUACAUCCUUGGGAUUUGCCUCAUAAUUGAGCUCAUCGGUGGCGUGGUGGCCUUGAUCUUCCGGAACCAGACCAUCGACUUUCUGAAUGACAACAUUCGAAGAGGAAUCGAGAACUACUAUGACGAUCUGGACUUCAAAAACAUCAUGGACUUUGUUCAGAAGGAGUUCAAGUGCUGUGGCGGGGAAGACUACCGGGAUUGGAGCAAAAACCAGUACCACGACUGCAGCGCCCCCGGACCGCUGGCCUGUGGGGUGCCCUACACCUGCUGCGUCAGAAACACGCACCGUGGGGUCGGUCCUGUUACUUUACCCACUGCACAGAUGAAGAAGUUGGGGCACCAAGCAUUAGGUGCCUGCCUUGCCCAGGCAAGGGUUUUUGAAGGGCAAAAACCUUUGCCCAGGCAAAGGUUUUUGAAUUUGAAGGGUUGGUGGGGCUGGAAUGAAAUGCCACCAUCAUGGGAACUGUGCUCUGGACUCCUACACGGAGGCGCGGAGAGGGGUCCAGGCCAGGGGGGCCUCGUGGGGCAGCCGGCUCUGCAGCCUUCACUGGGCGGCACCUGGGAAUGGGUGUGGUGAUAUAAAUGCCAGCCACGGCCUCCCCCUGGCAGGACCCCCACUCAGUGCUGUCACCUCCAUGGCCACUUGGGAAGCUGUCCUCUGGAGUCACCACUUACAAAUAAGGGGCUUCGUCAGUCCUCUGUGUUUGACUAAUGUGUCCAAAAACUGCCUGGUUUCUGGAUUGGAAUGAGGUGGCGCGCUUUGCAAUUACUCAUACCCUGAAUAGUCAUGGAAAAUUUCUUUUCGAACAUCUCUGCCAUUCUGCGCCCACUCCUGGAUUCUGUAAACCAAGCAGUUGUCGAUGGGGGUGGGGGCCUCUCCCGUAAGUCAGGGAGCCGGUGCCAAGUGCACCAGCCUUAAAAAAGCCUGGGCCAGGAGGGAAGGUUUGUUUGGAAAUUUUAGCUGCCAUCUUAGGGUAGCUUUCUGGGAAGGGGGAGUGCUGGGGAAGAGCCCAGCGUUUUCAGAGAAGCCCAUGGGGGGCGAUCCUGAACUUCAUCACCCAAGGCAGUGGCACCUGAGUGUCCAAGCCAAGCUGUCCAGGUCAAGCCCUAUGUGUAUUCAUUCACUCAGCAGAUAUUUGUUGAGGGCCUACUAUGUGCCAGAUGUGAUUUUAGUUUCUAGGGGUACAGAAAACACACAGAGAACUCUCUGCAUGGAACUGACAUUCUAGUCAGGAAGACUGACAAGAUAAAAAGUGACAGAUAGUAUGCUCGAAGGCAGUAAAUGCUCAGGAGAAAAAGCAGGGGUGUGGAGGAUUGCAACUAAGAAGGUAGGUUCUCAGUAAAACCCUGAGGGAAGUGAAGGGGUAGGCCAUGUAUAUCUGGGGGACGGGCAUUCCUGGCAAAGAGAACAGCAAGUGCAAAGGCCCUGAGGUAGGAAUUGCCCUGGUGUGUUUGAGAAACAGCACAGAGGCCAAUGUGGCUGGAGCAGAGUGAGCAUGGGGGAGAAAUAGUAGCAGAUUAAGUCAGGGAGGUCCCGGGUACCCUGAAGGCCAUGGUCAGGACUUUGGUAUUCCCAUGAGUGACGAGGAGUCAAAUGAAGGGUUUUGGUAGCUGACUGGCAGAUCUGACUUAGGCUUUACCAGGGUCCCUCUAACUGCUGUGGGGGGUGGGGCAGAGGUGGACCUAGGGAGUCUGGUUAGGAGCUAGCGCAGCGGCCCAUGUCAGGUCAGGCUGUCAGGGAAGCAGGCUCUGAGAUUCUGGUUAGCGAGCAAGAUCUGCAGGAGGAGUCAGGCAGCUGGGUAUCCAGGACAGCCUGUGAUGGAGUUCCAGACUGGGUCCAACAGCCUGAGAACCAGGAGAACUAAUGGUGUCGUUCCUGUCUGAAGGCUGGCAGGCUCAAGAGCCAGGAAGGGCCAGUGCUUCAACUCAGGUCUGCAGUUAGACGGGCAGGAAGAAUUUCCUGUUCCUUGGGGGAGAGGCAGCCCUAUUGUUCUAUUCAGGCCUUCAGGUGAUGGGACGAGGCCCACCCACAGUAGGGAGAGCAAUCUGCUUUACUCAGUCUACUGAUUUAAAUGUUAAUCUCAUUGAAAGACACCGUCACAGAAACACCCAGAAUAAUGUUUGAGUAUCUGGGCACCCCAAGGCCCAGCUAAGUUGACACAUAAAAUAAUAACCACAUGUGACAAUCACCGCAAGGGACUGACAGCUAAGGCUCCUCCUGAUUGGGCUCCCACAGUUGCAGGGCUUCUGGAAAGCUCCUCCCGGCGUCCACCACACCAGCUGGGAGAAGACAGAGGCUUAGUGGAGGUAGAAGAACUUGGUCCAAUUCUGGCUUUGUUUUCCGUAUAAGCCAACAGGAUUUGCUGACAGAUCAGAUGUGGGAGAUGAGGGAAAGAGAAAUCAAGGAGGACUCCCAGGUUUUGGCCCGAGUCAUAAGAAAAGACGGGGCUGCCAUUGCCUGAGAGGGGAGGACAGCAGAGGGCAGGUCUGCGGAGCCUGUGUGAUUUUCCAGCAGGGAGGUCAAAGAGGCACUUGGAUAUAGGGGGGCUGGAGUCUGGGGGAGAAGUCCAGGCCGGGAGUAUAAACGUGGAUGCCCCCCGCAGAGAAGUGGACCGUGAAGCCAGCCUCUGGAUGGGAGCACUGAGGUGGGUUAUCUCUGGUGUCCCACUACAAAACCACCGUGGGUUCUCCUUGUGCCUCCCACCAUGGUUUUGUCUAAAUAGAAAAGAGGGUGUUUCCUGCCUUCAUAGAAUCUGUGUAUGAACUUGUGUAUGAAUCUAUUUAUUGUCACUAUUUCAUUUAGCCACAGAUCUGAAUGAACACACAGAAAAUACAUAGAAGAAAAAAAGGAAAUUUUUAAAAAUCAGAAACUAGAGCCUUGUGCUUGGUGCUUUAGAGCUUCCUGGCAGCCAGAGGAAAAGGGGAGACGUGGUCUGUUACAUG